AUGCAAACGCCAGAAGAUACAACCGGAAAUACGACUUCAUUUGGGUUGGGUUGUCUGGGGGAUAAAAGUUUUUUCACAACCACGCUGCAUGAGACACAAUAUUUGGCUUUUUUUAUCGCAAAUAUGUCAUUGGAAGGAGCUUUAGAGGAAGAGCGCAAGUUGAUUGCGGAGAUUUUGGAGCGUCAGAAGACGCCCGCCAGUGCGGGAGCACGUGGCCGUGGUCGCGACAUGUCGCCGGGAGCGCAGGGUACGCAUUCGCGCGGACUGUCCAGUGCCCGCAGGUCCAUGAGUCGGUCCAGUUCCGCGGACCUUGACAACAAAUACUACAUCACGUCGCACGACCCAUCCGAGCGGCUGCGAUCUCCUUCUGGCUCGCGCGUCAGAGAGAGCGAGGACGAGCUGGAAGGCUCGGAAUUGGUGUCCAGCAGCGACGAGGAGCAAAUAAGCGAUACAGACUCCGAGUUCGAGGUGGACGACGGCGGGAAGGUUCUGCCCAAUUAUGCGUCGUAUUCUCCCGACCAGGUGGAAGACGACAAGGUCCGCACGAGCCGCAAGAUGAUGGCCAAAGACGAGCUGUCCAAGAUCAACAACAGAAAGCUUAUCAAGGAUGCGGUGCAAGCCGAGAAGAUCGACGAGUUGCUUGCUGCGGAGCGGGCGUUGGCCAAUGCCAAAUCGAUCGGAAGACACGUUCCUGAGGAUUACAUGGAAAAGAUAGAGGCCGAUGCAAAGAAAGCGGGAACAACCAUCCAUUAUGAUCCUGAAAAGUUCUACCAAGACAACGCUGGACGUAAAGAGAAACUGCAGGAGUAUGCUGUUUAUAAGAAGAAGCUGGUGUCGCCCGACAUUUCUGGGGCAGACGGCGGGUUUUCGAUUCCGUACACGAGCGAUGUGGAGGAAAAGGCGGACACAGAGCUGGCACGCACUUUGAACGAGAAGGUUGUGAUUUCCGAGGUGGAGUCCGACCUGGCCAACCAGAUGGCCAUCCGCACAGUGACCCGUGGUGACUUCUUUGAGAUUGCCAGCAAGAAAGAGCUGCCUCAGGUUUUUGUUCUGUGCAUGGACUUUUCUGACGAGUCCAGAUACGCUCUUGAAUGGUGUAUUGGAACGGUUCUUGUUGACGGGUCUGUGCUGUACAUUUUGAACGUGAUCGAGGACGACGAGUACUCGUCGAUGCAUCUGAACGGGUUCCCACAAGCGAGCCACGAGAACAAGCACGAGCCAAAGAACGAGAAGCCAUCAAAGAGUGCCAGAGAAAAGCUCCGGACACAGAACGUGGAAGAAAUUACCACCGAGGCACUUGAUCUGCUGAAAUUGACCAAACUGCAAGUUCACCUGGUGAUCGAGUCGUGCCACCACCCGAUCCCGCGCCACUUCAUGGUGGAGAUUAUCAAACAUAUCAUGCCGACGCUGGUGAUUGUUGGGUCUCGGGGAACUUCGGCCAUUAAAGGUGUUUUACUCGGAUCGUUGUCAAACCACCUGGUGCGCAAAAGCACGGUGCCGGUGAUGGUCGUGAAGAACAAGCUCAAGAAACUUACCAAGAAGGGCAAACAGUUCGGCAACAACAUUUCAACGCUGCACAGCCUUGCCGAGGCUAAGGUGGACUAA